AUGAUUAGCAGGAACGACCUCGCUCACUUGUUUCGCAACCCAGGCCCCAUUGUCCACCCCCAGCACCCGCCCCAGCAGCCCCAGUACAACACCAGCGCCAGCAUGCAGGCUUCGCAGCGCGCCGAAGCAGAGCGCCGCGAGAAGAUGCGCCGAAUCGCAAAGAACCCGACCGACAAGAACAUCCCCGAGGGCGUCGAGGACGUGUGCAUCGGCGACGGCGUCGCCCGGUACAAAGAAUUGCGCCAAGUCGAGCGCACACUCGACGCGACCAUGAUGCGCAAGAAGCUCGAUGUCAUGGAUUCGAAGCACCACUCGCGAGCGUCGCGCUAUGGAACCAUGCGCAUAUGGAUAUCCAACACGGCCGAAAACCAGCCUUGGCAGAGCAGCGGCAUCGACGCCGAUGCUUUUGACUUUGAGAGCGAGAACAACGCUACGUACCGUGUCAAGAUUCAGGGACGCCUGCUUGACGAGCAGGGCGACGACGGUCUAGAGGAUGACGAGGACGAAGACAAGGAUGCCGAUGCCAUGGAUGAAGACGGCGCCCAGGCCGAGCGCAAGCCAGCCGCGAAACCCAAGCUCUUCUCGCACUACUUCACAUCCAUCAACAUCGACUUUGACCGCGCCAAGAGUUUACAGCCCGACAACUUUACGCAGAUCGAGUGGAAGCGACCCGAGAAUCCGACGGCUAAGGAAGCCAAUUUCAGCGAGCUCGAGUUUGAGCGCAAGGGUGACGAGAACAUCAACAUCACAAUCAACCUCCAGCGGUACCAAAAUCCCGAGGUCUUCCGCCUCAGCAAACCGCUAGCCGAAUUGCUCGAUACCGAUGAGGAGGACCGUGCGGGUGUGCUGAUGGGCAUCUGGGAGUACGCAAGGUCGCAGCACCUCCAGCAAGAAGACGACGAGCGCAAGUUCGCCUGCGACGCUAGAUUGAAAGCGCUCUUCGGCGGCCAGGACCACUUCUUCUUCCCCAACCUACCCCAGCUCAUCAAGCCACACCUCACGACCCUCCCGCCCAUCCAGCUGCAAUACACGAUCCGCGUCGACAAGGACUACAUUUCCCCACCGGCCGACUCGGGUAAGCCGGCAUCCCAACCGAGCGUAUACGACGUCCAAGUCGCCCUGGAAGACCCCAUGCAACCUCUCUUCCAAGACAUCCUCCGCCGGCCUGAUAGCAUCCAGACGCUCCAAGAAAUCCAAAAAAUCGACGAGCAGCUCGUGCUCCUCAUGGGUGCCAUUGGCCAGUCUAAAGCUAAACACGCCUUCUUCACCAGCAUGUCCAAAGACCCCGUUGCUUUCUUCAAGCGCUGGCUCUCGAGCCAGAAGCGCGAUCUCGAGGUUCUGCUGGGAGAAGCUACGCGUGGUGGUGGCGAGGAUGCCUCUGGCGAGGAGUGGAAACGUGGUGGUGCGGAUGGGGUUUGGGGCAGUGAUGUUGCAAAGGAGAGUGUGGCCUUGUGGCUUGCUAGAUCGAGUAUCAAGCCCAGGUGA